GGUUGCAUGCAGUCGAAACAUUUAAAAUGUGUAAAAUAAAAAUCAACGCAACUGUUUUCUUAAUAAUUCUUCAAAUAUUCUUGGUGGCCGCAGCUGACUUCGAAGAGACAUGUGAAUCCGACCAACGAAUGGAAGAACAGUGCCUCAAUCAGACCUAUAAAGUUGUGAAACCGUUGCUCGAUCAUUUAAACCAGGUUAAAAAUGAGUUAAAAGAAAGUGAAAUUGAGGAAAAGAAGCUUAAAGAAUUAAAUGUAAAAAUUCAUGAAAAAUCCAUGAGGGAGGCAGCUCUAUUAGAUGAGUAUAAAAACAAAGUAAUGAAAGGGGAAAUCGAUUUGCAAUCGUGUCAAAUUAAAGUUGAUAAACUAGAAUCUGAAAUUAAUUCACUACAAAAUAUUAUUUUGAAAUUAAAAGGAGAAUUAUCUGAUAAAUCCACCAACUUAGAAAAUUGCGAACUUCAAUUCAAAAAUCUUAAUUCUACCAUAAUUGAGAAUAUUCAAAAUAAUACUAAAUAUCAGAAAACACUUGAGUUGAAUUUAGAGAAGAGUAAAUCUAAAUUAAUAAAGCAAGAUAAAGAUAUUCAGUUAUGCCAAUCUGAAAUUGAUACAUUGAACAGGACAUCAGAAAAUAUCAGAGAACAACAGAAAAAAAUUGAAUUGCAAUUUAAAGAUAGUCAAACUAAGCUAUUAGAUAAGGUGAAAGAAAAUCAGCAAUGUCGAGCUGAAGUUGAUACAUUGAAUAAGAGUUUACCCAAUACUAUUAUCCCAUCAAGUUGCUCUCCUUUUGGAGAUUAUCCUGGUGUUCAUGAAAUAAGAGUUUCUGGAGUUGGUUUCUUCGAUGUUUUAUGCGAUAGUCAGUUAGCUGGACCUGGAUGGAUUGUAAUACAACAGAGAGUUGGGGGAAAGGAGAAUUUUAAUAGGGAUUGGGCAACGUAUCGCAAAGGUUUCGGUUCUUAUAAUAGUGAUUUCUUCCUCGGAUUGGACAAAAUGCAUCGUAUCACGAGCUUGCAACGUUCCGAACUGUAUAUACAUUUGGUUGCUGUGAAUGGGACUGUUUACUUCGCUCGUUAUGACGACUUCAAAAUAUCUAAUGAAGACAAUGGAUACAAACUGAGUUUGGGUAAAUUCAAGGGAAAUGUUAACGAUGCAAUGCGUUACGUUGACAACAUGAAAUUCUCAACAUUCGAUCGCGACAACGACAAUUAUAAGAACAAUUGUGCGGAAUAUUAUAAAAGUGGCUGGUGGUACAACGCUUGUUUUUAUUGUAAUUUAAAUAAGGAAUAUUUAAUUCACCAAACGAUCGAUCUUAAAGAAAUUAAGAUGUUAGUACGCCCCAAGCAAUGAACAACUGUAGAACUGAAAUUUUUAUGUUUGACUCUUUUUUUGUAAUCGUUUAUGUGUAAGUUAUGUAUGCUUUCUUAAAAAAUA